CGUUAUCUCUCCUCUCCCUAGUUUCGUUCCACUAACCAAAAUCCAACUUUAUCUAACAUAUGCAUGGUUAGACCUCUGUUUUUCUUUUUUUGUCCCUUUUUCCUUUCUUUUCUGCCUCUCUCUUCAUUUGCCCCUACCCACGCCACGAUCUCGUCUAGGUCAUAGUGGAGCGUCCACUCAUCACAAUGACAUCGAGUUCAGCUGAGAUUGACAGGAACUAAAACCACAUUCCAAUUAAAUUUUUCAAUGUGGCUAACAACAACCUUGAUUCUUUUAACUCUAAUAAGCCAAUGGAAAAUGCAAGAUAUAUUAUGUAUUAUUGCAGCUCGUUCUGCUUUGAGGCUAUCCAGCUCUCGUGCUGCAAAUCGGCAAUCAAUCUUUAGAUCCAUGUCUCAGCCGUGGGCUGCAAGAAAAUAUCCAGCAGUCUGGAUGCAAUCUGGAUGCAGUCCGGAUAUCUAGAUACUACGGUCCCCCCCCGAACGGGCAUUCCGAAGGUCGGAUUUCCGGUAAAGGACAAGACAAAGAAGCAAAAGAAGCUUGCUGCUGAUUGC